UCGACCCCCCCCCCCCCAAAUCGGUUCAGGCAAUGAAACAGACAGGUUACCGGGUGCGGGCUUCAAGCGCCCGGCGCAUGCGCCGUUCUCUCUCUCUCUCUCUCCCCCGGCGGCGUUGGCGACGAUGGCGGACAUCAAAGAAAAGAAGGUACCACCUGUCCCGGAAAGCCUCUUGAAAAAACGCCAGGCGUUUGCAGUCAUGAAGGCCAAACGUAUCAAGCGUUUGGUGGCAGAGAAGAAGGUAAAAAGGCAGAAGAGGAAACUAAUCUACAAAAGAGCUGAGUUUUAUCACAAGGAGUACAAGCAAAUGUACCGAAGUGAGAUCCGUUUUUCCAGAAUGGCACGUAAAGCCAACAAUUACUAUGUCCCUGCUGAACCCAGGCUGGCAUUUGUGAUCCGUAUUAGGGGCAUCAAUGGUGUUAGCCCGAAAGUGCGCAAGGUGCUUCAGCUCCUUCGACUGCGUCAGAUCUUCAAUGGAGUGUUUGUGAAAUUGAAUAAAGCUUCAAUCAAUAUGCUCCGUAUUGCAGAGCCAUAUAUUGCAUGGGGCUACCCAAAUCUGAAGUCUGUCCGUGAAUUGAUCUACAAACGUGGCUUUGGCAAGAUCAGGCAUCAGCGCAUUGCACUCACUGACAAUUCCUUGAUCGAAAAGCAGCUUGGAAGGUUUGGCAUCAUUUGUAUUGAAGAUCUGAUUCAUGAGGUCUACACAGUGGGGAAGAACUUCAAGAUGGCCAACAAUUUCUUGUGGCCCUUUAAAUUGUCUUCACCACGUGGUGGCAUGAACAAAAAGACAACACACUUUGUUGAGGGUGGUGAUGCUGGUAACAGAGAAGACCAAAUCAACAGGAUGAUUAGGUGUAUGAACUAAGGUAUGCCGCAUGUCAAAUUUCUACCAUGUCUGUUAAAUAAAAAAAAAAUUUGCAAUGAU